AAAGCCAAUUUCAAAUUGUUCAUGCAGAUACGAUCGCUUCGUGAGGAUGAACUAGAUGAUUGGUUUCUUUUUAUAACGAAUGCUUUCCAAAGGAAGGAGAACCCACCUACAAAGGAGUACUUCGAAAGACACUAUUUUUCAGAUCCUUGGAGAGAAUGUGGAGGAAUUUUUGUUGCGGUUGACGACGGCGAACUGGUUUGUACUGUUGCGCAUAUAGAUAUAUAUCGUUUUCUAAAGCAGUCCAGUUGUGAAACGAGUACUUGCGGUGUCGGCGAAGUUUGCACUCAUGAGAACUUUCGUAGAAGAGGAAUAGCCCGUAUGUUGUUAGAGCGAAGUUUGUCCUAUAUGUCAGAAAAUCGGUUUGCAUUGUCUGUUUUGCACACAGGGACUGCUAGCAAGCUUUAUGAAGGACUUGGUUGGACUCCAGUCACUCGUGAGUUUUUUACUAGGAGAAUUCCUUUUGAUCUCUACUCUAGCUGGAACGUGGCCUCUCCGAUUGAAGUGUGCCCUUGUGAAUCAGAGAUUUUUGAGGAAGAAUGCCUUGAGAGGCUUAUGACUGUCUAUAACAGAACAAGCGUGAAAUACAAUGGUCCUAUCGUACGUGACCAUGAAGAUUACUGGAAGAAAUGGGUGCAAAAUGAGUCUGGGAAGAUAUGUUGGCGUGACGAGCGACGCACUCCAAGGAAGUUUGCUUUGCGUAUUCAAGGUAGCUUAGCUGGUUUUGUUGUCCUACAGUUUGGUAGUGAGUCCAUUAGAGUACGGGAGUGGUCUUUUCUCGGUGAUCAAAUAUCGAAGAAGUUUGAUAUCGUAGACUUUGUCCUUAGCCAGAUAUGCAAGUUGUAUGGCGAAAGAGAAAUGAGUUUUACAUUUCCAGCACCCAUUUCUGACAUGAAACGGCAUGAUGUACAAGUUUCUGAUAAUACAACUAUGUACAAAGUAAUCUGUCCUCGUUUGCUUCCAAAGAAGAAUUCAACAAUCGCUGAUCUCUUUUGUCUAAAUGAAUUGCAAAAUUCAUCAGUGAAUUCUCACGUGUUUUGGGACACCGACCGGUUUUAGUUUCGUUUUAUAAGCAAUAAUCGUACUUUUUAUAAAAUUGUUCAGUGGAUA